AUGGCAGGCUCCAGGGGAAACAGCAUCUUCCCCCGAAACCCCUACCACAUCCCUGGCUAUGGGGGCUACGUUCCUCAAUUCACCUUCACCUUUGGGGACACCUAUGGCAGAACCACCCACAAUCUGCUGACAGAUCCCAACGUCAGGAAGAGCCCUCGCUCCCUGCUGGCACCACUGGACAACAAAGAAAACCUCCUCGAGUACCAUUACCACAUCGACCAUCCAGGAUACGUCACCUACCAGCCCAUGGCCAGCCCUCCUGAGAUGCCCCUGGGGCCGCAGCCCGUGCCCACGGUGCUGGAGGAGCCGACGCUGACCCCCCUGGAGCCGCGGUGCCCCCCGGCCGUGCCCGGCGCCCAGCAGGGCUGGCAGCCCCCGGGGCUCGCCCUGCACCCCGCGGCCCAGGAGCAGCUGGACAGGGAGCUGGCCAUGGCACCCCUGGCCCGGCUGCUGGGCCAAGGGGCUGGAAGGUGCCAGUGUAACUGUGCCCGGAGCCCGGCGGUGAGUGGGCCUGGAGGGGCUGGGGGGUACACUGGAUACAUCCCCUGCUCCCUGGACAAUGUUGGCAUGACCUACCUCUUGUCUGUGAAGAAAGCCAUGAAGGAAUUUGACCGUCGCCAGCUUUUGGAGAGAAAUCCACCUUAUACGUUGGGCACGAGAUUCCCCCUGACACACUGGCCGGACACCAAAAUUUACAGCCGUGCUGGGCUCAUACCUAACUACAUGGGCUUUGUACCACACCUGCAGGACACCUGCGGGCUCACUUACGGGGACGGCACGCGGGAAUCGUACCGCUGGGAACAGAGGAGACGGGGACUUGCACUGUGAAAACUGCUUUAAUGGCGCCUGUACAGCAUUGGGAGUGACUCGGAAACAGCAAUAAUAACACAACACAACAGAAUUUUUGAAUGAGAGAGUUCAUACAACUUUAAACAAAAUUUACAGGUGUUCAACUGCAUAGCUUUACU